AUGCAGGGAGCAAAUAAUGCAGGUGUUUAUACGACGGUUGGUGAUAGAGAAUACCACGCGUAUGAUUCUCUUCAACUAUCGGAAAUCGGUCUAUAUAAUGAGGUUACAGAGAUACCAGGCAACGUAACAGUCCACAGCCAGACGACUGAAGGUAGUAAAGCAUUACAGGUUAUUCGUGAAGACUAUGUCAGUAAACGACUGUUUGUUGGGGUAGUUGCUAUUUUAACAGCAUUACUGGUAAUAACACUUACGGUUUUGGUUUACAAUGUCGAGACGUCAAAACAAAAAGAAAACUUGGAAUAUUCCAAGUGUGAGGUGAAGGCAAAUGACACAGGAUGUGGUAGCGUGCCAAAUGUGACAAAUGGACAUCUAAGUCUUGUAAAUUCUAGUCAAAGUACAUACCCUACUACUGCCAUUGUAACGUGUAAUUUCGGGUAUGAGCCAUCUAAGUCAAUAAUUAUAUGUCAAGACAACGGCAAAUGGGAAGCGGUUUAUUGUAAAAUGGAAGUAAUUGAUUGCAAGUAUAUUUUGGAUGAUACUCUCUUGGUACAAGAUGGCAUAUAUGAGAUACCAUUGUGGAGUUUUAACAGCUGGUUAUCUGUUUAUUGUGAUAUGAGCACAGACGGUGGAGGUUGGACGGUUAUACAAAACAGGUUUGACGGUUCAGUGGACUUUUAUCGGAACUUUUCUGAAUAUGAGAAUGGUUUUGGUGAUUUGAAUGGUGAAUUCUGGCUAGGUCUGAAGCAUAUACAAAAGCUUGCUAGUAAUGGUCGUACAGAAAUUCGGCUCGAGAUGACUCGAAAUAGCAGUGAAGAAGGUUUUGAAACGUUUAAAGAUUUCAAGCUAGUUGACGGGGACGAAUAUAGGCUUCAUAUCAAUGAAGACUCCGCAACACGCUCUUCUGGUAUUUCAGCCAAUGUAUCCUUCGCAUACAACAAUGGUUCGCCGUUUUCGACGUAUGACCGUGACAUGGACAGAUGGCUAGGUGAAAGUUGUGCGCAGCGUCGACACGGUGGCUGGUGGUACAACUAUUGUACGUUUGUCAACCUUAACGGGAGAUAUUGUGAUCCGGGGUCUCUAUGUACAGCAUCAUCUGAAGGCCACAAUCACCGAGGAUUUGCUCUGUCAGAAUCGCUACUAAACUCUCGUAUGAUGUUGAGGCGUAUAGGAAAAUAAAUGUGUGGGAUUUUUAUCUGAUUAACAUACAUAAUUAUGAUUUUGCUCAGUUUGUUUUAAAGUUAUAACAAAUAUUGCUAUCAUAUUUCAAACAAACUACAUAAUGAUGUUGCAUAAUGAAAUUGAGUUUCACGAGAAUAUAAAGUUAAAUGGCAAUAUAGGUGACACAGCCAUAGGCACUUGGUUUCGGGAUAGAAACCUUUUUGAGAGGUUUGUAGAACUCAUAUUUAAUUGAAUGUAUUAAACGAGUUUUUAUUUCUUCAACGUCGAUUUCUCUUUUCUAAAACCGUCAUUUUUCUAAUGCUACUUAUUUAACAGAGCAUGUAUAGUAGCAGUGUUCAAAGUUUAAUGGGAUGUAAAGUCAUUUUCAAUAUUCUAUCAAUGC